CAGCCCAAAUAAAAAUUUAAAAUUCAAUGGCCGCCAACUCCAUUCUUUAAUCGUAAUCACCAAGCGUGAAGCAAUAUAUCAUGCGUCACAAUUUCAUGUUAACUUCUUUGGUGCAAUUACAGUCUGCAAAAGUUAAUGUUCUGAAUCGUAACUUGAGUUAUAGCUCAAGCAUUUUGUUCGAUUUGAAUUCGAGAAUCACCAGUUGUUUCAGGGAAGGCGAUGUCCUCACCGCACGCAAACUGUUCGACGAAUUGCCCCUUAGAAAUGUGGUGACUUGGAACUGCAUGAUUUCUGGGUACAUUAGGAACGGGAUGAUUCAAGAAGCUCGGAAAGUAUUUGAUUCCAUGCCGAGCAGGGAUGUGGUUUCUUGGACAGCCAUGUUAAGUGGGUAUGCGAGGAACGGGAGGUUAGAAGAAGCUAGAAUGUUGUUUGAUUCUGUGGCGGACAAGAAUGUUGUUUGCUGGAAUUCAAUGAUUUCCGGGUACGUGAGCAAUGGAAGAAUAGAGGAGGGAAGAUCAUUGUUCGAUACAAUGCCAAUUAGGAACACAUCUUCUUGGACAAUCAUGAUCGAUGGGUACUUUCGAUGUGGGAACCCGAGUGAAGCUGAGAGGUUGUUUAGCAUAGUACCAAUCAAAACCAUCUCACUCUAUAAUGCCAUGUUAGCAGGUUAUGCUGAGAGGGGGAAUGUUGACGAUUCUCUUAGGUUGUUUGAGAAGAUGGGAACCAGAGAUGUGGCUUCUUGGACCAAUAUGAUUUCUUGUUUGUUAAAAGCUGGGAAAUUGGUAAAAGCUAGGAGCUUUUUUGACAAGAUGCCCGAAAAGGAUACAGUGGCAUGGACAGCAAUGAUCAAGGGUCAUCUGAAGAACAAUCAGAUACAGGAGGCUCAAGAACUGUUUACUGAAAUGCCAUAUCGGGACAUUGUUGCCUGGAACUCUAUGAUCAAUGGCUAUUCUCAAGCUGGAAUGCUGCAAGAGGCCAUUGAUCUUUUCAGCAAGAUGCCACAAAGGGAUAUAGUCUCAUGGAACUUGAUCCUAUCUGCAUAUAUAAAAAAAGGUGAUCCAAACACUGCUACCAGAUUUUUCAAGGAGAUGCCCAAGAAAGAUGUAACCUCUUGGAACACCAUGAUUUCUGGAUUCCAAAACGAAGAGGCUCUGUUGUAUUACAUCAAAAUGCUACGAAAUGGGCUUAGGCCCAACAAGGGAACGUUUCCAAGCAUAAUAUCAGCAUGUGGGCUUCUUGCCAUCCAUGGUUCUGGAAGGGCGAUUCACGCCAGUGUCAUCAAGAAUGGUCUUGAAACCAACAUCAUGAUACUAAGCUCAUUGAUCUCAAUGUACUCUAAGUGUGGAUUUAUAGAAGACGCGUCUUUUGUGUUCCAAACUAUGGAAAAAAGGGAUGUGGCUGCAUGGAAUGCCAUGAUUGUAGGACAGGCAUGUCACGGUUCUGCCACGGAAGCUCUCAGGCUUUUUGACCUAAUGGUCCAAGAUGGAUUUGAACCGGACCACAUAACCUUCACAGGAGUCCUAGGUGCCUGUGUUCAUUCUGGGAUGGUUCAUAAAGGCUGGGAAUAUUUCAACUUGAUGAAGAAAAGAUGGAAUUUGUUGCCCAAACAGGAACACUGUGUUUACAUGGUUGAUCUUCUAGGUCGGUCUGGUUUGUUGGCAGAAGCAGUUGAGUUUGUUAAGCAACUGCCUGCCAAUGUUGUCCCAAAGCAUGCUCAGGAAACCAUACUCAGCAGUUGCAGAGUCUAUGAUGAUUUCACGUUGGGCGAUUUCGUGGCUAGGGAGUUUCAGACGGAUUCAUCUUCUAUGUCUGUUCUUUUGUCCAACACUUAUGCCGCGAGGGGGAUGUGGAAAAGUGUGUCGGAUGUUAGAACUGUUCUAAGACAACGCCGGGUACGAAAGGAAUCGGGCUGCAGUUGGAUCGAAGUGAAUGGGCAUUUGUCUCAGUUUGUGUGCAUUGACAAAUCGCACCCCCAAGCAGGGGAAAUCUACAAGGAAAUAGAGAGCCUUUCUGUCCUCAUUGAGAACUUUGGUUCAUCAAAUUGGUGACACAAUACACUCAGUUUCCUUAU